AUGCGAAAUCAAGAACUUGAAAGAUAUGCUCAAGAGCCAACUGAAAUCCGAGUGCGACCUGCGCGGAUUCCGAAUGUAGGCGUCAAGCUUGAUCUUAUUACCAGCCUCUACGAUAACGAUUUGGCGGCAAUGAAGCGACCCAUCAGCGAAACUAUUGCCAACAUGACUUUCAAAGUUGAUCCUUACGUUGAGUGGAUGCAGCAGGACUUCGUGGAAUAUUUGGCUUGUAAGCGGACCGCUUGCCAGCAGAGGCAAGAAGCCAUAAAUAAGUGGGCUGAUGAGCAUAGAAGGUUCGGCGAGAGAGAGUAUCGGAGUGGAGCGGCCAGGGAGAAGGUGACAUAUGAGGCCUUUGUUGAGGAUAUGAAUCGCGAGAUUGCAGCUUUCAAACUUGAGCAGAUGGCGAAGGGAGGUCAGGAGUCGGGUAUGAGCAUCGACAGCCAUGGAGAUAACGACGGUGGUCAUGGUGUCAAUUCUGGAGGGCCAUUACUGGAGAUAAUUGAUCGUAUUAGAGAAUUCCUCAUGGCAAAGAAGGACACAGCCAAUGACGUCGCAUCCAUUUCCAAAGAGGCGUCAUGA